GGAAGAGAGGAAAGGAGAGCUGCCUCUCGUAAACCACGCUGACAAAAACGCAGAGAGACGGAGAGGAGCGGUGAGGACGAAGAGGACUGGAGGAACCAGUGACUCUCAGAUUCAAGCACAGGGAAGAAGACAGUGGAGGAGAAGAGGAGUGCAAUGCUUCAGUCCAGCGCUGCCUGAACCAAACCAGGAGAGAAGCAACAGAGAGGAGGGGAGGAAUUCAUCGGAAAAUUAGCUGUAAGAGAGGACAAAGAAAGAGGCGAGAAGGAGGAAGAAAUGAAGAGGAUGGAGGAGCGGAGAACGAGCAGAGACACAGCUCCCCGGUUAUCCAGGCUCACUUGAGUGUAUGGACCUGAGAGUUACUACGAGAUGCUGUCAAAGAAGCAGUGUGUGAGGGCGGAGUGAUGGAUGCCUGUUUGCACAAACUACCUUAAAACUCAGUAGAAGUAGAUGAGCGCCGGUGUCUCUGCAAGCUGGACCAGGUGUGUGUGUCAGAGCGAGAACUUAUGACAGACCAGCUGUUGUAGGAGGUAAACAGGGUCCGCUGCACCCAGAGGUGGGACACAAGGAAGGAAUUGGAAGACAGGUACAUGGACGGAGAAUUACACACAACAAGCAGGUAGACGAGCUUCAGUCCAACCAUCUCAGGUGCAGUUAAGGGCGUGUGUGUGUGUUUUAGGGCAGCACAUUAAAAAAAAAGAUUACUGAAGCGAGAAUGAGGUGCCACUGAGCUCCUUCGAGGUUCUCUCCUCUUUUACAAGCCAACUGACGCCGCUCCCUACCUCAUCUCAACCCAACAAGUGGAUUUGAAGACUCAGAAAAAGGGACCAGCUCUGGCACCCUGCUGACUGGGAAGACCCCAACUGAUUUUCUGUGCCCAGUGGAUGCCUCCUGACUCCAACCAUGGGAGAAUGGACCAUCCUAGAGCGCCUCCUGGAGGCCGCCGUGCAGCAGCACUCUACUAUGAUCGGAAGGAUCCUGCUGACAGUAGUGGUGAUCUUCCGUAUCCUGAUUGUCGCAAUCGUGGGGGAGACGGUGUACGAGGACGAGCAGACUAUGUUCAUCUGCAACACUCUGCAGCCGGGCUGCAACCAGGCCUGCUAUGACAAGGCCUUCCCCAUUUCCCACAUCCGUUACUGGGUCUUCCAGAUCAUACUGGUGUGCACACCCAGCCUCUGCUUCAUCACCUACUCCGUGCACCAGUCGGCCAAGCAGAAAGACCGGCGCUACUCUUUCCUCUAUCCCAUAAUGGAGAGGGACUACGGGGGAAGGGACGGAGCGCGGAAGCUCCGCAACAUUAAUGGAAUUCUAGUUCAACAUGGCGGUGAUGGCGGAGGAGGGAAGGAGGAACCAGACUGCCUGGAGGUUAAGGAGAUCCCCAACGCCCCGCGGGGCCUCACCCAUGGGAAGAGCUCCAAGGUUCGCCGGCAAGAAGGGAUCUCCCGCUUCUACAUCAUUCAAGUGGUGUUUAGAAAUGCACUGGAGAUUGGCUUCUUGGCGGGCCAAUACUUCCUUUACGGCUUUAGUGUGCCUGGGAUUUUCGAGUGCGACCGCUACCCGUGUCUGAAGGAGGUGGAGUGCUACGUGUCCCGCCCCACGGAAAAGACAGUCUUCCUGGUGUUCAUGUUUGCGGUGAGCGGCAUUUGCGUGGUGCUCAACUUGGCUGAGCUCAACCAUCUGGGCUGGCGCAAAAUCAAGGCCGCCAUCAGGGGCGUCCAGGCCCGCAGGAAGUCUAUCUGCGAGAUCAGGAAGAAGGACAUGGCGCAUCUGUCCCAGCCGCCCAACCUGGGACGCACGCAGUCCAGCGAAUCAGCCUACGUCUGA